AUGGCUGAAGUCGCUACGCCUCACAAGACUCCUAAAUGGGCGAUAAGAAAACGCAGAACGCAAGCACCAGCGAUAGUUUUCAAGUGCAAUGACUUGAAAGCCUUUACAGUUGGUCCCUUUCCUACUUGCCAAAGCGUGCACACUCAUGGGUCUAACCGGGCACCCGAAGGAUAUCCCAAUAGCCGGCUUUCACAUUGCGACAAGCUACAACAAGAUAUUGCCGAAGAGCUUGAGUUGGGAUUUGAAUUGGAUAGAGAGGCUGGUAUGUGGAGAACAAUUGGGGCCGAUAUCGAAGACCUUGAAACAGAAGAGGUCCUUGAGGAAUCAGCGAAAGGACCUAUUCAAGGUCAUCCCAGUGAAGAGCAUCUUCUGGAGCCACUGAAUCGCUUGGCACUUGGCGAGGAAGCAUACACGUGGUUUAUAUCCCACUGUGUCACCGGUGAUAUCGAACAAGCUGCACUUUGCUUAGAGAGCACGGAUUCAGCCGAGAUAUUUCUUCACAGAAAGGACUCUGACGGAAACACUGCGCUAGCUCUAGUCUGCAUGGACGGUCACUAUGAUGUGGUCAAAUUUCUAGUGGAACAAGGAUCGCUGAUUGACUCCAAGAACAAGAGUGGAGAGACCCCAUUGAUCAUUUCACUGCGAUACGGUCGGACUGAGGUCGCAACGUACCUCGCCUCGCAUGGUGCCUCAAUCUCGAGUUGUGACGGAGGUGGAGCUAGCGUACUCUCUCACGCCAAAGAACUUAUAGAGAAGCUAGAAGCUACCAGGAUAUACUGUCAUACGCCAUCCUUUCCAAACCGUAGCUUGCCUGCAAAAUCAGAAGUUAUCAAGGACACCGAUGGAAACGUCCUGCUAAGAUAUCACGAAGAUCCGAACACUUCUGUCGGUAUAAGGUAUCGGGAGCAUCAGGAGAAAAUCGAUCGCGUACAGAUCAUAAUUAAUGCUUGCAUCGUACACGAAGCUACACAGAAACGCAUAAGGAAACAUAAGCAGAACCGUGCGCGAAAAUUCAAUGCAUCAAAGGUCUCCAUUUCCCGGUCUGUAGUCCAGACAAUGGUGACUGUAUUCCGUGAUGCAUACCAAAUCCCAAUGGCCGACAAGAGAAAAACUUUUGGAUAUCUUGAGUGUGGAGAAACAUACAACCUUGUAUUUGCAGUCAGCGGUUGGAGUGGAGGGGAGUUUGCAGAUAUCGAUGGGUGUGUUGAUCGAGAACUCUGGACGAAGAGAGUAUUUGAAUUCAGCAGAAUCGUGGGCCACAACCUCAAACACCAUGAAUACGAUCAUCUUGGUCGGAAGGGUAGCUUUUAUGCAUGUCAUGCUGAGAAGCAGCUAAUGGCGUUCAGUUUGUGGCACUAUACUUCUUUGCAAGAAAAGCCAGCACGGCAAGCUCCCGAAGCAGAGUACGCAAGAAUGUCUUCAUCAUUCGGUUGUCGGCUCGAGGCUAAGGAUUAUUGGCCGCAUUUUCAGGAUGCCGGAGCUCUCAACGCCUGGGUGAUCGACUCAGAUGGGGAUGUCGAACGAGCUCGAUCUCAAGCAGCGUUUCAGUUGUGGCGGGGAAAAUACCCAAGCAUCGAACUUCCGGGAAUAAUAGAUGAGCAGCACGUGCAGGGCAUGAGCAGCUUUCUCCCGGAGCACUGUAAAUGUACCUACUAA